CUGAAUCUUUGAUUCUUCGUUGUUGUUGGCCCAAAAGGACAAAAAACUUCGUCCUUCAUUUCCAUGGCAGCUCUCUCACCCCAGAGGCGGUAGAAACAUUUUCAAUUCUUGUCAUCUAUCUUGAUCUCUACAUAUUCGUUCAAUCCCUGAUGCGGUUUUCUGUAUAUCUUCAACCUGAGGCUCGAGUUGUCUGUGUUUGUUCGACAAAUUCGGUGAUGUUUUCUCAAGAUCUACAUGUCGAAUUCGCUAUCCUUAUUUAUCACUUCCAGAUCUGAAUCCGUGUGAAUAAUUCGACUUUGAAGCGUAUGCUAAGGAGUGGAGUGGAAUGGAAGAAAUGAAUGUAGCAAGCUUGGUUGGGGUUUGAAGCUUCGUGAAAAAUUGGUUGACCAAUUUGGUCGCCUUGUGGAGACGAGGCUAUAUUAGUUUACAAAGUUUAGGAAUUCAAUUCUGUUCCUUCAGGGUAAUUUUAUGACUGAAUAGAUAUUGGAAGAUAAAGUGCUUGCGAGAAUAGCUUGCCGUCAUGUUUUAUGGGGCGGCGGUAUGGGACCCUUGGCUUAUUGUUGCACAAAUUGUUUGUCUUCAAUGCGUAUACUAUAUCACUCUUGGACUCUUCUUAGCUAUACUUGUUGGAACACGAGUGUCUCGGCUGAGUCUCGUGUAUUUCUUUGAUUAUGUAACCGUCACUACCUCUACAAUAACUGGCUGCUGUGUUAUCGCUUCAUUUCUUCUCAGCUCAAUUGCAGCGGCUGCUUGUAUGCUUGUUUUGAUUGAAAGGGCAAAGAAGUGCUUGGACUUUUCAGCCACCCUCUACAUCAUUCAUCUUUUUAUAUGCAUAGUUUAUGGAGGUUGGCCAUCUUCCAUAACAUGGUGGAUUGUGAAUGGUACUGGAAUUGCAGUGAUGGCAUUUCUAGGUGAAUAUCUGUGCAUCAGGCGUGAACGUCGGGAGAUACCAAUAACCCGAUACCGUUAGAAUGUUUGACUGGAAGAAGGUUGGAUAUGCUCUAGUCCGUAAAAAAUUGUCUUGCGACACUGCAACUGCUGUUGUUUCUGUGCCCUAUAGAGCACUUGAAGUGCAGAAGUUUGUUAUGCAAUUGAAAGAAUGGCCUUUUCCUCUGUUUUCCUCCUCAGCUACGGGGAAGAAAACUCAUACUCAGUGCAGACUGGGCACGCCAUUUUUCAGGGAAUUAUUCAACUCUAGAAGUUAGUGAUUCUUUUUUCUUCUUUCUAGUUCUUAGGUCUGCUUACAAUCAUAAAAUUUGUUAAAGGUUGCACAACUUUCUACCCAAGAGUGUUAAGUUAGAAAAUUGAAUGAACCUCUGUUACAGACAUGUUUGCUUCAUUGUUACAUCAAUAUGGGAUUCAAAUUUGCAGUUGAUCAUCCUGUAUGUAGCCUAUGUAGUUUAAUUCUUGGUUUUUCUUUUUAA